GACGUAAUGCGGAAGUGGACCAUUUUUAGCUGAAAAACAAAACAUUCGUAGGUGGUGUUGAGUUAUUCAAUCUGCACUGACGUAUCUCAGGAGCACUGGAGUGGUUGCGCACACUGUACCGUCUAACUCGACAGUUAUCCCCGGGGUUUGGCACGAUGCUGAGCGCCGCUGCUGCGGAGAGAAACAAGGAGCCCAUCCUGGCAGUGCUCCGGGAGAGCGUGAACACCGGGAGACCCCUGCAGGCUCUUGAGAUCUCCUCUGGUACAGGGCAGCAUGUCACACACUUCGCUCAGGCCCUGCGGAAUACAGUUUGGCAGCCCUCCGAGUAUGACCGACAGUCACUAGCCAGUAUAGAAGCGUACAGAGCUCACUACCAGCUGCACAAUGUGAAACCAGCCAUCCACCUGGAUGCUUCUCUGCCCUAUCAGUACUGGGGAGGCAUCCAGACAGAGAGCUUAGAUCUGGUAGUUAACAUCAACAUGAUCCACAUUUCUCCAAUGGCUUGCACAGAGGGUUUAUUCAAAGGGGCUGGGGCAGUGCUGAAGCCACAGGGUCUUCUCAUGACAUAUGGGCCAUACGCAGUAAAUGGUCAAAUCACCCCUCAGAGUAAUGUGGACUUUGACUACAGCCUGCGGCAGAGGAACCCAGAGUGGGGACUCAGGGAUAUCGCCUUCCUUAGUUCUAUAGCACAAAGAAGUGGUUUAUUCCUGGAGAAAAUAAUGGACAUGCCUGCAAACAACAAGUGUCUUCUGUUCAGGAAGGAGAGUUUGGUGUGAAGGAUCUUUUUCUGGAAACAGACCAGUAUGGGAGAAGGACGGUCCAAAUCGCCUUAACUUAGACUUGAAGCUCAGACACAGUGCCAAAAAAUUUCAAGAAACUGUUAAGGAAUCACCAACACAUAUGAUUAAGCUUCACUCAGCCAGGACUGAAAUCAUGUAAUCUCCUAUACUUCUGUAUCGCACACUUGAGUAAAAUCAAUGAGGCUCAAAUCUA